CUGCAGUUGCUUGGACGACAUUUCCUCAGUGAUCAUCAGGGAUCGCUUAAGCCACCAGAGCAAUGAGCCAACAAGCACAAAGAGGAGCAAGCUGCUCUGGUAGCGGAUGCAGCAAUAGAGGAUCUUCUGAAGUGGUCCAAAGCAGCGGAGGAAGCUGUGGAGGCAGCAGUAGCGUUGGAAGCAGUGGAUGCUCCAGUAGCAGCCGUAGUGGUGGCGGAUGCAGUGACAGAGGAUCUCCUCAAGUGAUCCAAAGCAGCGGAGGAUGUUAUGGAGGCAGCAGUAGUGUUGGAAGUAGUGGAUGCUCCAGUAGCAGCCGUAGUGGUGGCGGAUGCAGUGACAGAGGAUAUUCUCAAGUGGUCCAAAGCAGCGGAGGAUGUUAUGGAGGCAGCAGUAGUGUUGGAAGCAGUGGAUGCUACGGUAGCAGCCAUAGUGGUGGCGGAUGCAGUGGCAGCAGCCGUACUGGUGGUGGAUGCAGUGACAGAGGAUCUUUUCAAGUAGUCCAAAGCAGCGGAGGAUGUUUUGGAGGCAGCAGUAGCGUUGGAAGCAGUGGGUGCUACGGUAGCAGCCAUAGUGGUGGCGGAUGCAGUGGCAGCAGCCGUACUGGUGGUGGAAGUUGUGGAGGCGGAAGUGGUGGCGGAUGCUUCAGUGGCAGCAGUGGCGGCAGGACCGUUGAAGGAUUUUCUCAAGAGAAGCAACAGAAGAUCUUCCCCCAGAACCUGAAAUAGAUGCCUUUAACGAGAACUCUCCAGCGGCCGCCACUCAAUGCAGAUCUUUUCUUGCCUUCCAAAACCAUCCUUGGUUAAUAAUCUCCAUAAUUUUGGAUCUUCUGGUUAUUAAAACGUAGCCUUUCAGUCUUAUGAUAUCCACCCCUUCUUAAAGUAUUAAAACUUCUGCACAUGCAAAGAAA